AUGACGUUGCACGUUGAAACACUGGCACCUGAUGGGGCGGAGGGGGGGACAGAGAAGCGAGAGCGUAAGUCCUUCAGUGACUGUGCGGUUCUGCUGGUGGACGUGUGCAACGCCGACAGCUUUGAUGCUGCAAUCGCACGAGGGCAGUGGGCCAUGGCCGCCGGUCUUCGCUGCGUCACGGUGCUGAGCUUUUCUGGGCCAUGUCAGGGACAAGGCUCCCAGGACCCGUUCCGUGCCCGUCACGUGCAGCGGGAGAGCAUUGAGUGGCUUUCUGACGAGAUGAGCCUGGUGAGGCCUUCCCACUUCGACUGCACCCGCGAGGCUCUCGGAUCUGGAAGCCUGCAGUUUCAGCUCGAGCUCUUUCUGAAGGUGCUGACCCUCCGGCUGCUGUGGCUGAACCUCGCUCCGAUAGAAGCGAAUGGCUCCCAAGCCAAGGCCCCCACCAGCGUGUCGACACCCUCGUCGCGCCAUUUGACUGGGCCUGCGCUGAGCUCGCGCUCUGACUCCGUCCCUGGGCGGCGCCAGCCGCGGCAGGGCCGCAGUCCAGGCCCGCCAAGAUGCGCCCACAUCUUGCCGGCGCGGUACAUGCCUGGCAUCCGCACAGCACCGGAUGGACCGCCUCGAGGUCGCACUUGGUGGGGAUCCGAGCCAAGGAGCGUGUCACCGCGGCGACCCUCCCCUUCGUUGCAGAGUGCUGCAGCCCAGCUUCGGAUCGGUCAGUUGCAGUGUAUUGGCACUCAUGUUGCAUGGUGUUGCGUUUUGUUGUAUUGUGCUGCUGUGGGGAGCUAG